AUGGAGACUAAGAUUCCGGCUUUAGCUGACUACGUCAUCAACGUCAUUCGCCAGUCGUAUCCGACUCCAAACGAAAGUAAUGUCCCAUUCCAUUCACGUUGGCGUCACUUUGAGACAGGUGAUCCACAUCGUGUAAACAAGAUGACGUCAACGUGGAACUGCAACCAGCUUGAGAAAGCGCGACGAUUGUUAGACUUGGCACUUGUUAGUGUCUUACUGGAUGCUGGAGCCGGUCCAACGUGGCAAUAUAAAGAGCCAGAUACUGAUAAUGUGUAUACUCGCAGCGAGGGCUUGGGUAUUGCCAGCUUGCACAUGUUUUGCAACGGCAACUUUUCGAUUGAUCCCGUAAACGAUCCACAUCGAGUAGAUGCUCAAGCACUGAAUACAUUGUCAGAUGACGCAAUCAUCAAAGCGUUUCAAGUGACAGACACAAAUCCAUUGGUUGGUUGUGCUGGACGAACGGAUUUACUCAAGCGUCUCGGCAAGAGCAUUACCAAUUAUCCGGACUUUUUCAAAGGAACGGAUGGAUCCAUUCGACCCGGUAAUAUGGUGGACUAUCUGGCGAAACACCAAAGUGCCAGUGGAGAAAUAUCCAUUACGGAAUUGUGGAAAGUUGUGCUGUAUGGAUUGCAAGAUAUUUGGCCCGAAAGCCGAACGCGCAUUGGAGGACAAAACAUGGGUGACGUGUGGGAGUUGUCUUAUUUGCCCGAACAUGAAAAAGCGGGCAAAUUUGUGAGUUUUCACAAGCUGUCGCAGUGGUUGACGUACUCGCUGAUGGAGCCACUUCAGGAUGCCGGGUUUAUAAUUACAGAUCUCUACUUGAUGACUGGUUUGCCUGAAUAUCGCAAUGGAGGCCUUUUGGUGGACUUUGGUGUGUUAGUACCAAAAUCUGCUAACAUUCUCACAAGCGAGUUUGAUCCAAGCUCUGACGUAAUCAUCGAGUGGCGAGCUCUUACGGUUGCAAUCUUGGACGAGUUGCAUAAAGUGAUUUUGAAACGUCUUAACUUUUCUACCGACUUGUUUCCACUUGUAAAGAUGCUGGAAGGAGGAACCUGGAAAGCUGGACGAAUGAUUGCAAAAGAAAAACGUAGUGACGGUGGACCUCCCAUCAAGAUUAAAAGCGAUGGCACUGUCUUUUAG